AUGCACAUCCCGACUCUCCUUCUUGCGCUAUCCAUCGCGGUGGCCGGCCUGAAGAUUCCGUCCUUCAAACCACCAAAGUUUGCACCAAGCACUAUUGAAAACGAUGGCACUUACGUGGGUCGCUAUGAUGUUCGCAGAACGAUGGCCUGGCAGGACCCUAGCCCUGACACCCUCGGCAAUCUCAACAGCUACUUCUUCCUCCUCUGGGUCACUCUUGUAGAUGGCCGCAAGUAUCAUGUCACGCUUGCCCCCAACUUCUUUGCUGGCGGAACUACUGGAAUCUUCGUCCUGAACGACCUUCAGAACCUCUCGGAACAAGCUCCGGGUGGAACUGCAUUCGCUCCGGGCAUCGGACGGGAAGAUCAAGUUUACCUUGAAUCAGCAAUCCAGAACUUCUCGAGCCCGGCCGGUGGUGACAAUUACACCGACCUCUACUACAAAGCCGAUUUUGCCGGUGUUAAUCUCGAUGUACAUUUCUCGCCCACUGGAAAGAAUCUGUACAUUGGUGGAAGUGGCGGCGUCACAAUCUCGCCAAACAGAGUUAGCGGAGACGACUUCCGCCGCCUCAUUCCGGGGUAUUCCUGGUAUUGGGGAAAUCCCACGAUGCGCGUCGAUGGCACUCUUACAGUUGAUGGGCAGCCCACUGAGAUUGAUUAUGAAAACUCUUUCGCUUUCUUUGAACGACAGUCGGGUAUAUUUGACAUUCCGGGAGGGCACUUGGGUUUCUGGCUGUACCUUUCUAAUGGCGUCAUGGUACAUUGCUGGACCCUGGCUCCAACUCCAGAAGGCACGCUGAGCAAGCGCGCUUGGGCAACCAUCUGGCAUCCUAACGGUUUACAUGAAGUGGUUGAGGUUGAUUCCAGCUCUCGCGCAUUGGGCAAGUGGGUCAGCACAAAGACCGGAUUAUCAUACUUUUCCAAGUUCGUACUGAGCCUGUCGACCCGAGAGGCAAGCUUUGAGAUAGAACAGUCAGCCAAGUACUCGGAAGCGACGCCUGCUGGGGGUUACCACGGAUACAACAUCACUGAGGGAUAUGGCCAAGGUACUGGCACAUGGGAAGGAAAGAACGUCACCUUUUUCGGGCAUGUUGAGCAGCUUUCAUUUAUUUAG